UGACAAUGAAGAACACUUUAUUGGGGCCUGGGGCAAAGGGAAAAGUUGUUUGUCUUUCCUACGCGUCCCUUUCCUGCCUGCUCCUGCCUUGCACCAUAACGCGAGGAACUUUGAAGAAGAGGCAUUUUUCCAUCUUUUAAAGGUAUAGCACGAUCGUAGUUUUUGCUUUAAACUUUCUUCAAAACUAAUUGUUUAUGAUUUCUGGGUCAAUACGUUUAACCGUGUCACGACGCUCACGGACGAAGUUAGUAGGCUCGUAAGAUAACUGUGAUCUUUGCCAAAUAUUUAAUCCUGUUUUGAUGACUCAGUUGCCAAGCUAAAUUCAUGUAUGUCUUAAGUUUAUUUCCUAUGGAGCGUCUGGUAGAUCGACGCAGCCAUUUUUUUCCUAAAUUAAUGAAUGUUGGAAUCAAUCCUGUAACCUAUAUUGUUCCAUGUAAUUUUCAUCCCUCGGGCAACCCCCGGCGGAGGCCUUCGAACUUUUUGGGGAAGGCUCGUUCCAAUUCACGCAUCCUGGCACCUAUAAAUUUCAAAUGCCUUACCUUAGUAUAUAUUUAAACCAAAGUCAACUGUAUGAAAGUAACUUGACAUUUCGAUGGCUUCAUGUCAUCAUUACCAAAAGUGAAGAAAUGAACAUGGUUUGUGGAUCAUAGAAAACGAAAGCGUGAGAAGUGCAAGUAAAUUGUUAAAUUUAAGGGUAAAAAUGGAAAAAAAUGACAAUUCAAUGAAAAGUUCCGCUCGGAUGCAGCCCACUUGAGUGUUCAGAGUCGGUCUUAUAUCUAUUUAAUUGUCAUUUUUUGUCAUUUUCAAGAUUUGAAACAGAUUACUUGCAAGUAAUCUGUUUCAAUUCAGAAUGUUAUUAUUCAACUUCAGUUGAUACCGUAAACAAAUCAAAAACCUUUGUAUAUUGUUUUUAAAUGUUUCACUAUGCUUUUGCUUUUUAAUUCUCUUUCAAACUCUGCAGACCGGCAGUGAAAUCAUUUUAGGGGGUGGCGGGAGUGGAGUGUGGAAGUGUCAAGUUGAUUGGCACAUUAAAGUCGUACAUGCGUUUGCUUACUUUAGCCCAUUGUUAAUGAACAAGGGUUUUGAAUUCAUUACUUUUAAUAGCCAUAAUGUCUCCCCUUAUUUAGCCUAGAACUUAACAUGAAUAAAUGUCAUUAUUAUUCAUUCAAAAUAUUUCCCCGAUUCUGAUUAUGCUAAAAGCACACGUAUAAUUCACCAUAACUAGCUACUGAUGACCAAAUUUGGAAGAAUUUUGUGAUUAAUGAACCGAUGAUGUCAAAAGAGCAGCUUCCUUGCAGGUUAAUGCACCGUUAACAGGGAAGACCUGGGGACGAGGUUGAGUUGUUUUGGUUGUCAAAACAAAAUUGGCAGACAUUUCACUUGUUUCAAGAGUAAGAACUAAGCGAAAUAGUAGCUUAAAACAUGGCAAGAACAGCAAGAAGACAACUUGAAGGGUGACAUCUGCUAGUUGGAGAAUAUUUGCGGGGCUGAACAACCCUAAACCAAAACGUGCACAACCAAAGAUGAACUUAACAUCGAUGGAGGUAAGCAUGUUUUAGCUAUGUUUUUAAACUAGGAAUUAUUUUGAAUGAAUAAUAAAACAAUUAAUGAAUUCAGCUUUCAUAUCAUAUGAAUAAUUAUGGAGAUCUCGGAGAGUGUUAUCCACCUCGGCCUACAGCCUCGAUGAAUAACACCCUCCUCGAUCUCCUUAAUUGUUCACAAGAUACUCAGCCUCAUUCAUUAAUUGUUAAAUAACCUGGAGCUUGCUGAUUUUUUUCCAGCAUCUGCACCCCCCCACCCCAUUCACCCCGACCACCAAGCAAUAACUCACUUAACCACUUUGAUACUCACACUUAUGAACAGACUCAGGCCCUUAUCUUUCUAAAUGUAUCUUUCUAAGUUAGUGUAUUGUUGAUAUAAACAGUUGCCUAUAUGGCUGCAUACAGUAGUCAAAAACUCUAAUAUAAAUUGGAGGGUACUAGGUAUUAAUAAUUGUACUUCAGUUGUCAAUGCCCUCACUUGGGAUGAGGUACACUUUAAAGACCACAAUGAGACUGUAUCACAAGUUUACGGAUGUUUGCAAUUCACUUUUCAGUUGACUCACAUCGGCAUUUUAGUUUAUUCACGUCUAGUUUCUGGUAAACUGAUUUGCAUCUGAGUAUUUUAAUUAUUGAUAAUUCAGGACAUAGAUGUUACAGGGGCAUAGCCAGGAUUUUUCUAGGGGUACGCACAAUUUUCUAAAUAUAUCAUUCAAGAUUCAGUCCACCAAUGAAUCACGUCGCUUCUCUGGAAACCCACAUAAUUUCGGUUGUAAAAAAAAACGUAUGCAUGUUUCAGAAUUAAAUAAUUGGAGAAAAAAUGUGCUUUUACAAAUGUUUGCUUUUUUCUUAUUCCCUUUUUGAUAUUUUUGAUUUGUUUUAUAUUAUUCCAUUUUUCUUACCCUUGACUUUUUCAGGUAAUGCACGGGCAUACCGUGCAUACAGGUAGCUACGCCCCCAGAGUGUUUAUUUCAAAAGUAUGGUAUUCAUCUUCAUCUUUCCCAGUUAUAUUAUAUGCAAACCAAUAUAACAACCCGCCCAAACUGGCUUGCUAGCCCAACUGAAUAGAGCACUGCACCAGUAUCACAGAGGCUAAGGGUUCGAAAAUACCAUCAAACCUGAAUGAUUUCAUGCUUUCUUUUUGCAAUUGCAUAAGUUGCAUCUUUAACUGGAAUGUUCUUCUUUGCAUUUAACACUGUAGCAAUGUUGAAUAAUGUGAUAAUUGAUGAUACCAAUAAUAUGAUUAUUAAUAAUGCAGUCCAGGGCCGUAGCCAGGAAGAAACUACAACCGAGGCGAACACACGGUCCGUUGUACGAAAUCAGCCGUAUGAAAUCUUCUAAUAUUAUCAGUCUGAUAAAAAAAAUAAAAAUCCACAGUAUUUGAUAAAAUUUUACCGAGGCGAGUGCCUCGGUUCGCCUCAUACUGGCUACGGCAGUGAUACUCAUUAAGGCAAUGCCAUUGUAGUGAUUUGAUUUAAUUUAACCAUGUAGUUGUCACCAUAUUCACUCUGUGUUAAGAUUAAAUCAAAGUUACUAAUUUUAAUAAUAAAUGAUAAAAAUAUAAGAGCAAACUUUCUAACCUGGUGCAAUAGUCGUAUGUAUGGUUAGACAUUAUUAUGAUGAAAUAAGGACAUGCCAACACAAGUUAUAGGCUAAUCUAAAAACGUGCAGCAUGAUAUCACCCUGGGCUGAGUUGCUCAAAGCAUGGUUAGCUUUAACCAUUGGUUAAGCAGUAUCAAAACCAAUACGUUGUCAAGGUAUUAAACGCUGGUUAACGCUAACCAUGCUUCGAGCAACUGGGCCCUGUUCUAUAAUGAGAUGCCUAUUCAUGAUGUCAUUGGUUCCCGCUAACUAAUCUUCCAUAUAGACAAAGUUAAGCAAAGGUAUGCUAAUUAUCUCUGUUUGUGACUGCUGGAGUUUUAAGAGUACAGUGGCGAUGGAUUGUUGCAUUUGCAGCUACAGCUAUAACUGAGGAUUUUUUCUUGUGUUCUGGAAUAGGAGCUGACAUUUAGUUAAGCAGUAAACAGCAGAUCUGCAACGGCAUUUUGAUAAAGGUGAUCAUGCUAUGAGCUUACAGAUAUCUAACCUUAAAGGUUUCUCAAGCUUGUCAAGUGAAAUGAAUUCAAGUGGAAAUUUUGUUUUGUUUUUUUAAUUUGCGAGAGGAAUUUCUCAUAUUUUAAGGACAUGUUUUAUUUAAGGGAGGAAAGUCCUGUAUCAAGAUCUUUUAUGUUUUCUUUAUGAAUGAUGGACCUGUUUUAUAGCUUGUGAUUCUUGUGUAUUUUGUUGUUUUGUUACCAGGUUUUAAAUUAUGGAUAAAGAGGAAUUAGUAGAUGUUAGAAUUCCAGCUCCCUCUCCUGAUGAGGUUAGUGAUGAUGAUGAAAAAGUUGCUGAAGACUUGUUACUGGAGGGAAAAAGAAGAGACAGUAUCCCAGGACUCAAGCCUUCGCCUAUGCCAGGAGUCAAUUUAUUUUCCAGAUAUGUUACUUAUUGGUAAGUUGAGAAAUGUGUUGAGUCGCCAAAAUUUGAAAAUAUUGAGGUUGUGAAUCUGGCUUUUUCUAAUUUUAACUUUUUACUGCACUCCUUCUAUUUUCCUGCGUCCAGUCAAAAUGUAAUUUUCCUUUAAAAUUCCUGCCCUAAAAACUCACACAUGCCUACAAAACUGAACUCUGAUUACACAGUCUACGGUAUGUAUAUAGGUAUUUUUUUUAAACCUGUGGCAGGAUUAGCUCAGUCACUAUAGCGCUUGACUGCAGAGCGGGAGAUCAUGGGUAUUUAUUCUCUGGGCCGGACUAAUACUCAGGGUUUUGCCAUAAGUGAAGUAAUUAGAGAGGUUAAGCAUCACGUUUACGUCAAACGGCAAACGCUUAUUUGUACCACGUGACCAAGUUUCCUCUUUACUUUUUGUUUACUGUUCAUUAUUUCUACACCUAAAUUAGUAGUUUACGCAACUUUUUAUCCAUAAGAAUUGUUUUGAGCUGUUUUUAUCUGCACAUUUUCUAUUUUGAGAAAUUCUCAACUUGAAUCUGACGUUUGCCGUUUGCCGUAUACGGGAAGCUUAAACUCUCCGCUUUCUUUGCCCUGCUAACGGCUUGGCUCGUAUAGCAGUCCCGUCUCCAGAGGGAGUCGUAAAAAUGUGUCCACAAUACUGUACUUCCGUGUUAAAUACAUUGUCACUCAAGUACUUUUUUGUUUUUGAAUUACCCAUGGAAUAUGUUUUAGACUGAAUUUGGACGCAUUUACUUAUACUAUUCUUAUUCUUUGUAGGUGGCUGAAUCCACUUUUUUCUCUGGGAAGUAAGAGGCCUCUUGAAGCAGAAGACUUUUAUGACCUCAGAUCACAGGAUAAAACUGCCGUACUUGGAGAUCAACUUGAAAGGUGUUAGAAAUAAUAACAUCGUUACCUGUAACUUUUAAUCGUGUUCUAUCAUAUUUAGUUCCGAACGCUUCAUAGCUUUUACUAUGACAUCUCGAAUAGCUUGAGGUAGUGAACGAUUGACCCUUUCAGUAUGCGGAAAUGUUACCGUUGAGAACAUUGUUCUUAUCAGUGAAAUCAGACAGCUGACGGAAAAUCAGCCGUUGGUAUGUUGUAUAGGUCACUUUGUGUGAAUGGAAUUCGGAAGAAUCCCUGAAUUUUUCACUCUCGUCGCAACUGCUUAACAAAUUGCAAACACAACUGAAAUGAACAUUUCUUUACUUAAUUUCACAUCCGCAGUUGGUAAACUAUGGCUCGUUUCAUGUAGUUUACCUUCAAGUUGCAAACCCACUAAAUGAGAUGCUUGUUGCGUAGAAUCCUUUUUUGCACCCUAUUAAUUUAGAUUCACAAACGUUGUCACUUGAAUUGAACUGGAUUAGAAAGAAUGAGGUUUUCGUUGGAAAAUGUAGGAACACUUGUGCUUCUUUUUCCAGAUAGAGGUCAGGAAAAUGGAGUAUUUCUCAUGCAAUGAAGGGUCCUUUUUGAUCAUCCUAACAAUAUGUUAUCACUGUUUUCAGGGAGUGGGAAAAAGAAAUAUACAGAGCGAAAGGAAAGGGAAAACCUCCCAGUUUGCCGCGUGCUAUCCUGAAAACAUUUGGAAAAGGCUAUAUAAGCCUUAGUGUUUUUCCAGUUAUAACUGUGAGUUGUACUUACAUGAUAAAUGCAAUUAUCUCGCGUUUACUUUGCAGUUUUUAAGGCCCCUUUCAAACGUAGAACUUCACAUUUGUGGUUGGAUAUCUGAACCUGAAAAAACACUUUAGUUGAGGACACUUUUAUGUCUCCUACUGGAGAAGGCACCUCCAUUUUAUGCGAACAUCCAAGCCGCCGAAAUCCUGGCCAUUUAUUGACUAUUUCCGAAUCCCUCAUAAUACACUCUAUUUGCCCCUCAAAUUGUGCACGCGUUAUUGUCUUCAAAUGCUCUUAGGAAAAUGCAGUACUCCCAGGAGCAUUUGAAAACAAUGGUCUACGCCAUUUUUUUUUUUGGGGGGCGGGGGCAAACAGUCGAAAAUAGAGAAUAGGGAAAACGAAAUUCCUUCAUUUCUCAGUUAUUUAAAGGUCAUUGGUAUUGGUCAAAGUCGUGAACUCCCACUCUGCGGUCAAGUGUUGUACCGACUGAGCCCUCAUGGUUUUCUUCAACUUUAGACAUGGACAAGUUAGAGAAAAUCCGUCGACAGCACUGAAGAGAGCACCUUAAGAUUAGUAAAACUGCAUAGUUUGAAAGUGAUUUGUUAAACACUCUGAACGAAGAUAUAGCGCCUCAAAGUCCCGAAACUUUACAGUUGUUUGUAUGGUGGAGGGAGGGCACAAACUUGUCCCCCCACCCCACCAUACAAACGUCUGUAAAUUUUUGCAACUUUGCGGAGCUAUAUCUUCGCUCUCUUAAGACGUAUCACAUUCAUAUUUGGCAAUUUUACUAAUAGUAAGGCGCUCUUGCCGGUGGUGUCGACGGAUUUUCCCUAACUUGUCCAUGUCAAAAGUUGAAAAAAAAAACCGUGAAUAGGUGUAUUACCAUUAAAUGUUGUGAACUUUAGCUUUGAAUGAUUUCUUCAAGAAUUAUGAAGCAUUUGAGGAGCUAUAUCAAGCACUCCACUCAGUAUUUCAUCCGUUUACAAGAUGCUUCAAAAUCAUUCUUGACAAAGUCGGCUGCGCCUCGCCUCGUUUUCAACUCACUUCUCAGUAAGAAAAUAUCGGAUGAAACAGUGCGUUUCAUGUUUGAUAUUGUAUUGUUACUGUAAGCUGGGUUGGUCCCCUUUUUGAGUCUUUUGACUUCUGAAACGGCCUAAGCAUCCAUGAAAUACCAACAUCUUUGUAACAUUUGUGACGUCAAUGAUACUGUGUUUUCCACGGUGAACUUUUUUGUGUGUACGCCUUGCUUUUCAGUACGGCGUUACCGACUAUUGUUUAAGAAUAAUUUUCGAGCUGUACAUGUUUACCGUCAUUCUAAGACGCAGGGACUAUUUGUUCUUGUAGACUCUCUUUUCAGUUAGCAAAUUUGUCAUGUUUUUACCCAGGAUGCACUACGAAUCAUCCAGCCAGUCUUUGUUGGUUUACUGAUAAAUUUCUUCAACCAAGAAACCUCCACAACUCAAGAAGAAGCCUUCCUGUAUGCACUGGCUGUGUGUUUAUGCAGCCUUUUUUCAAGCUUUUUAAUGACACCUUUUACCUUCUUGCGGCAAUGCUAUGGUAUGAGGGUUAGGAUUGCUUGCACGUCUCUUGUGUAUAACAAGGUAAACAGUGCUCUUCGGUACUUUUACAUUCCUGAUGUCCUGUUAUGCAUAUUUCAAACAAAAUAUUUGUGCAGAUCAUCAACUGCAUACAUAACUCGAUUCCUGCUGGUCCUGAGCCCACCCAGUAGUUAAAGGAGAUUUUCGUUGAUUGGGUAAAUGUGUCAAAUUUCAUGAAUGCAUUCAUACAGAGACAAACCAUGCACAGAGACAAACAGAGUGACCUUGAUCUACCAUUUUUUCCACCGGAAUGAGGUACAUACAUUCACUGCACAUUCCUUUCUCAUGGUUCUCUGGAUGGUCUGAGGGGCAGAUGCAAAAUCAAACGGUAAACCGGCCAAAUUAUAUUAAGCAGUCUAGUCGAAUUAGGCUUGAUAAAGCAUCCAGUGUUGUGAAAAGCUGCGUAUUAUACAGAUUCACUGAUACUUCCUCCAAAGUUCGCAAGUUUUCCCUUUGUAACCUAUUUAAUUUGUAGUAUAGGAAACAAUACGGAAAAAAACUUAACGGUAUCUUGAGCGCCAACAACUCAUACGCCUCUGGGCUGGUCGUUUCUCUAAGGUUGUCAGGUAUUCUAAUAUCACGAAUAUAUUCAUAGCUACUGACUCAUUGUUAUUUGCAUUCCUACAUGCAGGUGUUGAGACUAAGCAAUACUGCAAUGGCUAGUACAACUACUGGAAAUAUUGUAAAUUUGGUUUCUUCAGACACCCAGAGAUUUGAUGUGGUAAGUAGCUCUGCGUCCCCUGAACUUUUCUGUCAUAAGUUUAACAACAAAACAACAGCAUUUAUUUCCUUCAAAAAUGAUAUUACGGGAAGUGCUGACCCGCAAAAUAGCAAAAAAUACUAAUCAAGGCGGAUUGGCACCAAGACAAACAAGAACGCUCUUAUCAGCGUUAAAUCGAGCUUGCUUGGAGAUUAGAUAAGAAAUGAGGAGGCGAUUAAUUCUACACGAAACAGGAUUUCCUCGCUAAACGUUUUUUACGUCGUUCUUUAUCGACCGUCGAGUAAUCUUGAGGAUAUUUACUUUUUACAUCGCAUUCGACAAUUUGUUUCUGAAUUGACUGAGUACGCGUGUAUAAAUACCCGAAAAUCAAGGACCUCGAUUCGAAAGAAAUUACAUCAUUGCCGAAGAGGAAAAACGUGAUGAACGUGGCACGUCAUUUCAAUUAUCGCGGAGAAUUGACCGCAUGCUCUUCACGAAACCUAAUUGAGUUUACCACACGAUUGCUUUUACCACACUCGACCAACGAACCCAGCAAGCGAUUUGCUUCUUGUCGUUUGCCUCAACAUGCAAGUUUUGCUCAUAAAGAUUCUUCUUUUUUCCAGCCACCGAAGGAUUCACUUGUUUCAUAGUAAUAACUUCUUUCAAGUGAUAGAAUUGUGGACCGAUCAAUCUUUCCAAAGCUUUCUUCUCAAAACAUGCAUAGACCCAAUGCGAAAAUCGCUGCUGGUUGAAUACCUUCGUUGGAAUUUUUUGAAAAAAUUAACCCGAGUAGCCUCGUUCUUCAGUACAAAAUUCAAAAGAAUACAUUGUCUCAAGCGAGUCUAGUCAGGCUUAUUUUAAUUGAAACAAAAGAAUUUUAAUGCAGCAUCCAUUUCUGCAUUGGGUCCAUGGUGCUCUGGAAAAUGUUAUGUCGGUCACGUCGUGAUUCUUAUCCCCAGUUUCCACAGUCCCCGCUAGGAACGCCUGGUACCAUGACCCGCUUUUGUAUACUAAAUACGAAGAAAAGAAAACAGCUUCCAGAUUACGACUCUCGCUGCUAUGCAAGCUCGAGUAAUUAGUACAUGACCUAGGUCUGAGCCUUAAGGGACCCCACAUCUAGGCUUUGGAAGGUGAACGAUUAGUUGUUGCGUUUUAUUUAGGCUUGCUUUUUCCUCCACUACUUGGUGCUUGGCCCAAUUGAAGCAGUUGCAGUACUUGGUCUCCUGUGGAGAGAGAUUGGUGCCUCAUCUUUAGCUGGAAUGGGUCUAUUGUUUCUCUUAGUGCCUGUGCAGAUUAAGAUGGGCCGUGUUCUGAUGUUUCUUAGGUAAGCUGGUUAAGUGUAGGCAACCUCCCCUAAAUGACCAACUUCUUCCAAAAAAUACCUUCCUAAAAAAGUAUCUUCCAAAGUUAUAAGAGAUUGUCGGCUACAUCUAGUUUAUGAAAUGGUAAAGUUCAAAAAAGUGAACAAGUCAAAAAAAAAAAAACCCUGAAGAAUAGGCUUUUAUUUUUUUGAAAUGUUUGUUCACACGCAUGCGAUAUAUUAACUGCAGCGUGAGCGGGUGAGAGAUUUGAUGUGAGUUAGCAUUAAAGUUAACAAGGAGUUUCUGUUAUAUUCUUAGGCGUAAAGCUGCGCAUUUCAUUGACGAACGUGUUAAAGGAAUGAAUGAAAUAAUAAGUGCCAUGCGGGUCAUAAAGAUGUACACGUGGGAGGAUUCCGUCACUGAAUGGAUAACCAAAAUACGAAAGUGAGUGCUUACUUACUGCCAACACUGAGCGUAAAGUUAACUAAUGUUACUAAUCCCAGCAGCAUACAUGAUGUGCUUACAUUCACAACAUGUACAUAUGUCUCUUCCUAACUCAGUGGCAACAGAAGAGGGCAACUGGGUCCCGGGGGGGGGAGGGGGUGGGGGAGGGACUAAAUUUUUUUUGUCCAACAAGACAUGAUCCAUUUCUCUUCUUUUUUACUACGAUACUUAAGCUUGCAAUAUUUUUAUCUCGAGAAUUUGCCUUUGACUUACCAUAAAUUGUUUGUUUGUUUGUUUUCAGAUCUGAGCUCUCUUGGUUUCUGAAGCUGGCCUUUGUGCGUGGAGCAUUCUUGUCAUUUUUCUUCAGUUCGACUGUGCUGAUUACUUUUGUGACUUUCUUGACUUAUGUUUUGACAGACCACAUUUUAACAGCCCAGAAGGUCUUCACUUGUUUGUCACUUUUUAACUCCAUCCGUAUAGUUAUGACGCUGUUUUUUCCCAUUGCCAUUACUUUCUUGAAUGAAGGAAGGGUCUCCAUUGAAAGAAUUCAAGUAAGUUGAAGAUUGUUAUUGCUGUAAAGGCUGAUGACAUGAAACGGUCGAGCCUUUCAGCUAGUCUGUUGUUGCUGAAUGAUUUUCGCCGGUGGAUGUUAGUAGUCAGUGAAUAAUCCUAUCUAAAUUUAGACAUUGCUGUAGUAGGGUUGGGAUUUUUUGGAACCACCUAAAAAGCACAUGACCUUACCGCAUUUUAUUCAUGAGAUAACUACAACAUUCUAUGACGUCAAGUAAAAUCAACUAAGAUUCCCGUGCAAAUAAGGGGUCUAAAAUAUACUACCAAAAACUCCUUAUGAGUUUCUGAUACUACUCAUUGCCAAUUCUUUUGAAAGAUCUCUUUGACAGUGAAAGUGUUUUUGGUAAAGCUGUUUGGUUAUGAGUAAAGUCUGAUACAAAAAGGUCCCCAAACAGGUGACGGGAUCAAACUAAGUGCAUGAUACUAGAUGUUCUUCUGACAGAGUACAUGGAGUGAAAGUAUUUCCCAACUGAGAGUUAUAAAUGCGAGAUGCAACAUAACGCCUGUCUUCUCUUUCCACUCAUUUCCCCUGUGUUACAGUCCAUUCUUUGUCUGUGUUUUAACCCCAGCCAGACAAAUGUCUUCGUUAACUAUAAACAAGUUUUUCCGGUAAUCUUUUGUCAAGAUGGUAACUUCCUCUGACUUGUUAUGGUUGUAGAAGCUGCUGCUCCUUGAUGAAUGUCAUUCAAAGGGACUGAUAACAUCCAAUCUGAGACCUAAGCUAGAAGACUGUGGAAUUAGAGCCGAAAACGUGUCUGCAAGCUGGAAUGCGGUAAAACGUUUCUCCCCUUAGUUUGUUCUUGAUUUUGUACGUGUAAGCCCUAACUAUGACAUGUAAUUCCUUUAACAGUCGCGAAACAAGCCAACCCUCAACAACCUUACUUACGAGGUUUCAUCGGUGAGUAAUUUUCACUUCGGUAAUAAAUUUUUGUCUAUAAAUUAACACUUUCUCGAGUUCCUUUAUCUAAAUUUAAAAAUGCGGGCAUAGGUUUUAUAAUGGCCCCAGGAAAAGAACAUAUGGGUCUUGUAAUUAAUCAAGCAAGCUUUCUAACGUUUACGGAAGUCGCUGGUCUUCCACACUUAGAAACCCCAGGAAAUUCGUCGUCUCAUUCCGUCUUAUAACGCUUUUAAAACCCAUAUCGCUUUCCCUGAGGACUCACGGACAAAUGUGACCGUGUAGUUAACGAAAUGCUGCAGAUCAAACAAUUGUCACCAUCACGUCAGUUGAUGGUAUUAUUCUCUGGUUAUUGGUCUGAGUGGUCAAUUACGUUGAUGUUAUUGGUCGUCUGUCAGUUAAGCCGUGAUGUUAUUGGCUAUUGGCUAACCCUAACCCUAACCCUGUGUUGCACACAAACCGAUAACCACUUUACGGCGACUGCUUACUAAUGUCAAGGACAAAGACAAACCGGAGGACAGACAGGGAGCAGUAUACAAGAUCAAAUGCUGCGACUGCCAGGCUUCUUACAUUGGUGAAACCGGCAGAAACCUAAGCACGCGACUGACCGAACACCGAGCGACGAGGAAUGGUGACGUCAACAAUCACAUUGCUGAGCACCAUUUACAGACGAAACAUCGAACUGACUGGGACUCUGCGACAUGUAUAACGUAUUCUACAGACUACUAUCAACGUCUGACUUUAGAAAGCUGGUUUACUAACUUAGAACAAACGCCACUGAAUCGUAGCCGACCGUUACCAGCGCCGUACAAACGACUUAUUAACGAGAUCAAGCAACAUUAACUACGAGAGAACGACUGGAGAACUGACAAUUUGACUAACAAUAGACGACUGUUUAACUGUGACAAUAGUCGGAUCGAAACGCACCAAUUACUGAUUACGAGUCUUCAUAGGCAAUAACAUCAAGGCUUAACUGACAGACGACCAAUAACAUCGCGACGUAAUUAACCAAUCAGAUCAAUGACCAGAGUAUAAUACCAUCAACUGACGUGAUACAACUCACUUUGACUCUGAAGAUGACUACCGCAUAGGUUGUCGAAACGUCAGUCACUGUCAACAACAACAGUCCCAUUCAGGACUACGUUCCCCCCUACGAUCAAACUCAACCCACUUUUGAAAUGACUCCUGGGCUCACACCUUUCACAAAAAAAAAAUUAAGUGUCUAUCUGGGAAACAUCGAGAUUCUCAGAAUUCAAAAUUUGCUGUUUUCCUCCGAACCAGUUAAUUAUGUAACUUGUAAUUGUGGUGGUUGUUUUUUGCAGGGAAAACUACUAGCAGUCAUAGGACCAGUUGGGUCUGGCAAGGUUAGUACAUGUAGACCUUUACCUGAUUCCCACGGCUUGACUUUAAUUUUAGUGUUAUUGUACUUAACUAGCAUAACCUGUAAUAUAAGCGAUAUGUUAAUACUCAGCAUUACUGUCUUUUGUCUACAGGGAUAGUACCCGCUUAAUGUAGACUCCGGUAUAAAACAAAGAGGCUAGUUUCGUUUGUCCCGACGAAAAGUUCAUAUACUUUUCUCGAAAAUUAAUCCGCUAAUGCGGACACCGGUUAAUACGGUCAACAGACAUUUUCCUGGGUCCCGAGUCACAAACUCCCAUAUAUGAUACAGACACCGCUUAUCUGCGCACUUUCUAUCACGGAAUAUUUUACCACUAAAAAGAAUGACCUUUGUAAGCUUCAGUCUGAUAUUCAGUCCACUUGGCUGAGUCGCAACUUAAAAGCGUCAGUACAAAGUCACAAUUCAGUUCCACUGUCGAGUCACACGACCAAUAAUUACAAGUAGAGGUAAAUUAAGUCCGGACACAAUGGCAUAUGAUCGUGAGGUUUCUUUAGGUUUCUUUAGGAUACUUGUUACAGUUACAGAUCUUGAUUUUUUUUUUUUCACGUUAAAAUGUCUCUUUAUUAUUUAUAUCGAUAAAACGUGUCCCUGACGUUUUUCCGGACAGCCCGUAUAAUUCGAACACCCGGAUACUAUGCCAUGUCUCCUUAUUUAUUAUUCAUUAAAAAUCUGUGGCAUUAAAAAUACAAUUGAAAAUAUAAAGGUCAAAGGAUAAUCUGCACAGGAGUCUAAGACCGACCCUAUAUAUUAACAGAUCAGCUUGGUGUCCGUAUCAAGCGAGUUCCACUGUACUUGUAACCAUUUGGCACUGGCACGUGUUAUUAUUCCUCAAUGCUGAAGUGUAAUGUUUUUGUCGUUGUUGUUGUUGUUGUUUUAAUUCCACAGACGUCUCUUUUAAUGUCCAUUUUGGGUGAGCUGCCCCUGACUGAAGGACAAAUUACUGUGAGGGGCAAAAUUGGUUAUGCUUCACAACAAGCAUGGAUUUACAACGGAUCUCUAAGGCAAAAUGUUGUCUUUGGAAGUGACUAUGAGGAAAGUCGGUACAAUGAAGUUAUCAAGGCUUGUGCAUUGCAGAAGGUUAUUAUUCAUAUAUUCAUGUAAAUUUCGUAAAGGUCGGUACGCACUAGGCCACAAGUUGCAGCAACAGGUUGCGACGAGAGAUCACUCCGUGUGUACAGGUCCGGCGACUAGUUGCAGCAACACGUUGCGGCGACACAUCGCUUCGAGUGUACUGGAGAAAUUUGUGAAAAUCUUUGUCUCUGCAACAGAAUUUUGUCGCCGCGAUAAGUCGCACAAAUUCUGUCCGAUUUGAUUUUUUGCAACAUGUUGCUGCGACAAAAUUCUGUUUCAGAGAGAAAGACUUUCACAAAAACUCUCCAGUACACACGGAGCGAUUUGUCGCUGCGAUGUGUCGCCGCAACAUGUUGCUGCAACUAGUCGCCGGACCUGUACAGACACGGGGUGAUCUGUCGCCGCAACAUGUUUCUGCAACUUGUCGGCUAGUGUGUACCGACCUUAGGGUUAGAAAAAAAAUUAUUUGAUUCGUUUUCUCAGAGGUUCUUGCCCUCGGAUUGCUAUACAAUAUGAGCGUUUACCAAGGCGAGCCCGAAGGUGAUCCAUUGUAAAGCCCAUACAGAUUAAACGCCAAUUUUUUUAUCGUACUUAUGAAGUGAAAAAAAAACUAUGAAAUAACCAGUAGGCAUAUUGUCUAAUUGAAUGCGCAACUUAGUCACGCGCAAAGACCUUUAAACCUGGUAAAAUUCAUCUAACUGAAAAGAAGCAGUGGCGGAUCCAGGAGAGGGGCCGGUGGGCCCGCCCCACCUCUUAUUUUGAGACCAGACUGGGGCCCGAAGGGCCUAAAACAAAAAUUUUUUGAGACCCCCCCUCUCUUAUCUCAGGGUCUGGGUGAAUCGCAAGCAAUUCUUACCAGUUUUCAAUUGUGUAUGUCGCUUUGAGGUUAGAUUAACUGACGCUCUCAUCGAGCACAUUUUUUGCAAAUUGGCAAAUUGACAUUUUUCAAUCAACGUGUAUCAAAAAGAAAUACAUUAUUUACCAAUACUAUAGAAAGCCUCGGAGAAGUUUUUGGAGCUGUUCAAAACACUCACAGUAUGUGUUUUAUGAAGUCUAAAAAUUAUCGCGCUUCGCGCUGGAAUUAUAAGACAUUGUUGUUCGUAUUUUAAAUGUUACAUAGCCAAUAGCAAAACGUUGCAUUCAUUUUUUUGUUGUAUAAAAUUGUAAAUAGCGGUGAAGUGCGUUCGAUAUUCCCUUUACCUUAAAUUCAGAAACCCACUGGACAAGCCCCAACUCCUUUAUGUCAGGUCCCGGAUGUGACCCUUUAUAAUCCAGUCAUCUGUUUUAGGAUAUUGAGCACUUGGCUGAAGGUGACAUGACUCUUGUUGGUGAACGUGGAGUCUCUCUGAGUGGUGGGCAAAAAGCAAGAGUGAGUUUGGCUAGGUAAUAUAUAAAGCAGUUUUUGUGCCGAGUUCUGUAUAUUUUAUUGCAUCCCUUUUGAACGGGUCUCAUUCGUAAAUGAUUUCGUUGUCGACACAUUAUUAAAGAGUUGUGGUUAAAUGGCUUUCAUUUGGCUGAAAUGACGAUAAAUGUUGAUGAUGGAUGAAAUGAGUCUAACAGGCACCGAACCUUGGUGAUGUAUGUAGGUGUGUGAGUGACGUCAAAGAAGGGGAGUGACAUACAGCAAAUGUCACAAAUGAGAAUGAAUGUAAGCUCUUGGAAAGGGUUUUGAAAGAAUGUAUGGAAACCCUUAAUAUUAAGAUGACAACCCACUAAAGUAUUGAAUUGGGUUUGGUUCAAUUAACUGACGUUCACGUUAAUGAUGAAACUGAUUGGCAGCUAAUUAUAGAAAUAGCAUUUUGUAUGGAGCUCUUAAAUUGCAUUUUUUUGCCAUGGUAGAUUACUAUGUUAACUUAAACCGUUAAAAACGUUUGAAAACAAAGUCCUGAUAUCAGGUUUGUUGUAAUCUGACUGCAGGGCGGUGUAUGCUGAUGCUGAUGUUUAUCUUUUGGAUGAUCCUCUCAGUGCUGUAGAUGCAGAUGUUGGACGACAUUUGUUUGAUAAGUAAGUCCAUAAUCACUAUAACCUUUCUCUUGCUCCCUUUUGUAAGUUAAUAAGAGUAAACCCGUCCUCUUCAAAUCACCAAACAAAAGUGAAUGUGCGACAUCAGCUCUUACUAGGCAACGAAGAAACUAAUAAAAUUGCUCUUUUGCAUGUGCAUCUCCAAGUUUUAACCCUGCACCAUAUCAAAACACUCUUCGGAAACAUAACUCAUUUGAGUUCGUGGUCGUCUUGUUGGUUUGAGCUUUUCGUUGAUUUCCAAGGUAUAAUUGUGAAUCCUAAAUGAGAGCAGCCCCUUGGUUCGGCCCGGGGAAGUUUCAGUGAACCGAAGGCUCCCUCUAUGGCUUAAGUGCCUUUGCUGGUUCUCGUUUCAGUGGCGUCGGGCUUAAUGCUAUGAUAAAUCAGUUGUGUAAUAAUUUUCGAAUUUUCAUCGGGGCUUGAUGCGAUAUUUGCCAAACAUUGCGAAUGUUACCGAGGACGAAGACGUCUGAAGGCAUACACGGAAGAAUCAGAUAUACGCAAUAUAUUUUUUAAAAAAAUGAACUUGUGUAUCCAGUCCAGACCACUAGCUAGUGUAAGUUACAAUACCAUCUAGAAGCCUUUUGAAUUCUAUCGACUGAUGAUGAUCCAUAUUGCCUAAAAUAAAUGUAGACACCAAUUAAUGGUUUUAUUUCUUUUCACGUUUUCGUGUGUUUGCAUGUUUCCGUCUUAAUUUUCGUUGAAACCUAGCAUUCACCUUGUCAAUUGUCAUAGUGGUAUAUGUAACUGUUACGUAACUGUACAUUGUUUUGCUAUGCAGGUGUAUUUGCGGUUAUUUGUUGAACAAACCACGUGUGCUGGUUACCCAUCAGUUGCAGUUCUUGAAGGAGGCUGAUCAGCUUCUAGUGCUAUCUGAUGUAAGUACCAGUACCUCAUUACAUUCCUGUGUUCCUUAGUGAUGAUUCCAACAUCCGGAAAAUUGCCUGUCUUCUCGUAGCUUUAUGUAUGUUAUGGUCUCAUAAGCCCUUCUGGCUAAUUCAGCCACAGGGGAGGAUCCAGGAUUUUGGUUUUUGGCAGAAUACCAGUUGUAUUAGAAAACCGCAGGUCAUCUCAGUGGGGGAGGGGGGGGUUGCGUACCCCCUGCACCCUUCCCCUAUAUCCGCCCCUGAGCCAGGCCGACCACAAGCUGGCAGGGGUAGACCGCCACAUUUACUUUACUUGCUUACUGGUAUUGGCACUUACUGGGAUCUUGGGCACUGACAAUCAAAGCGAUACCACCGAGAAAGUGUAAUACUGACCCUUAAUUCAAGGAUUUACCCCUUCCUUAGGUACAACCUUUUUCCAUUAAGGAAGGAACGGUUAACUUGUUGUUGUUCACCUGUUACAUUUAUGAAUUCGCGCGUGAGUUACCGUUGAUGUGUUCGUGGUUGUUCCUUUUUGUGUGUGUAGGAGGUGGGCAUAGUGAUAUUGAAUGGUUGACUGUUGUUAGGAUGGUUUUCAUCGGUCGGUUCGUUUUGAUAAAGCUCUUUUGAUGUGCAGUUUCCAGUCUGUAACAUUCUAGCAAGUGUGCCGGUUGCCGUCAGCUCACCCCAGACCGGAUGUCAUGUCUGUAAUGGCAGUUCUCUAAUCAGGGUCAGUUUAAAUACGUUUUUGGGUGAGAUUGUGAUGAAAAGCUGACAUUACAUAGCAACGUAUGUAACGGCGGCUUUUUGUGGUAAUCGACUUGAAUGUUUCAGUUAUUGUGUACUGGUUGAUUACAAAAGUUUCACUUUUUUGUAAGGGAUAAGGGCUCAGCUUGAUAUUGUAUUGGAAACAACUGACUUGUACCUAGGUGAAAAAUUGUAUAAUUUAUUUUGCAAAUGCAAAUUUUCCAGUUGAUUUGUAAUCCUUUGUUUUGAUCAGGGAGAAUGUAUUGGCCAAGGAACAUAUCAAGAGCUUUCAAAAUCUGGUUUUGACUUUAUGGCUUUACUAAUUGAGGAAGACGAGGAUGAUUCAACGGCGGAGUCUGACAGCGAAUUUAACAUGAAACGGCUUCUAAAACGAUCAGUUAGUCGCCAGCACAGUCAACUUGAAGGAAGGAGAGAACGUACCGAUAGCCUCCAGUCAUAUCCCACCCACAGGACCAGUCUUGCCUGGGAAAGCCAACUAUCAGUUGUAACCUCCGAAACUCAAGUUUCCAUAUUCGUAAGAUUGAUAUUGUUGUAAUAAACGAUAAUUAAUAAUUAAUUGGUAAAUUAUCAAUAUACGAACUCAUGUGUACAACAUUACGACGUAGUCGUGCAGGAACGUAAGAUCAGAUAGAACGAUAGAACGAUUGUCGUGUAGUAAAAUCCUCAGAUAAAUAACAACCUAUCGUUUUUUUAAGUGGAAGCAUUGAUUUCCAGUAUACCAUAAAACACAUGUAAGAUUGAGGUGUAAUGUUGACUUUGGAAUUACCUCAUUUCAGGUAUCCAGUCGGUCCAAAUCGCUGAUUACAGUUUACAUAAAUUGGAUAAUACAUAUGAGACUGGCAAUCAAAUCGCCCUCGUGUUCAUUACAUUCUGUAUUCACGAGUUAUAGUCAAUGAUCGUAAUUAAAAAACAAAAUGAUAAGUUCUCUGCUUGUCGAUUGGUAGAUAGGAUAAGAACUGGUGACGUUUGUGCGACAACCAGGGUAGACCACCUUACUGAUCGCGCAGACUAACACCAUUAACUUUGCUAUUAUGAGUUGACUUAGCAAGGCUAAGUGAGAAGAGCUUUGUUUCUGUAACUGUUACCUUGCUGUAUAAGAAUUGAGUAUAGAAAUAUCGUUUUUGUCUAUUUUUGUAUUUUAGUUGGGAAUAUACAUGAACAAUAUAUGAGUUUGUCAUUUGUUUGGUCUUCUUUCAGGAGGAAAAUAUCCUCCCCAAGGAAACCAAGCAAGAGGGUGCUGUUAGCAUGGACACAUACCUUCGAUACUUCAGAUCUUUACACACUUUAACCGCUGCCCUGUUCGUGAUUUUGUUGUUCGCUGUAACGCAGGUAAUUUUAGUUUAGUCUAUUGUCCACCUCUAGUAAGUAAGUAGUAUAACGUUGCAAAAGAAACCUUGUUUUGGGGUUUGGGUUGAUGUUUUUAGUAAUGAGGUGUUGUUAUAACUAAGCAGCUACUGCAUGGCCAAAACAAGGUAUAAUUCAAAAUAAAGUACACUACUCUUGUAGCUAGUAUUAAUACUGAUUUGUAGGUUUCCUGCGAUGUAUGCAAUAAACCAAUAAGACAAAUAAUCUAGUACAUAUUAAUUCGCCACAUCAAUUGGUGUUACAUGCUAUUUUGUUAUAAAAGCUUCUGAUCGUAGAGGAUGAUUAAAAGGUAAAGAAAUGGUUUUGCUAUAUGUAAUGGGAUGAAGCGGAUUAUCUUUCUUUAUUUCGGACAUAAUUUUUUAGCAGGCCAGCUCUCUGCCAGCAAUCGAAAGUGAAAAUGAAAAUAUAGCGCCAUACUCCACUAAUUGUCCGUGGCGCUUUACAAUACCAUAACUCUAAUUAAUUUAAAAAACUACAUUAUUCAAUACAAUUCAGGCUAGUAAUUAAAACUAUAAAUCAAGAUAAUUCGUAAACAGAUGUGUGUUAAGCUUAGUGUUAAAUACAGUAACUGACGAUGAUAGCCUGAUGUCCAAUGGUAAGUUAUUCCACAAUUUUGGAGCAGCAACGGAGUAUGACCUAUCACCAUAGGUUUUUACUUUAGCCACGGGCUCAUCACGCAAAUGCUUGGUUGAAGAUCGUAAAACGCGGUCCGAGUUCUUAUACUUCAGCAGAUCUUUGAUGUAGCUAGGUGCUUCACCGUUGAGAGCCUUAUAAAUCAGUAACAGUAUUUAAAAGUAACUCUAUAGCACACAGCAAGCCAGAGUAAACGACUAAGAAUCGGUGUAAUGUAAUCAUGAUUUCUCGACACGGUAACAAGGCGAGCUGCUGAAUUCUGGACAAGUUGAAGUCUAUCAAUCAGAUACUUUGGAAGACCAUAGUACAGGGCAUUACAGUAAUCUAAACUCGAGGUUAUGUUAGCGUGAACAAUAGUCUUGGUAGUGUCAUGGGAUAAAUAUCGCCUAAUCUUGGCAAUACCGCAAAUGCGGAAAAACGCGAUCUUGCAGGUCAUUUUAACGCGCUCACUAUAAUCGAAAUACUGAUCAAAUCCAACUUCUAGAUUCCUAGCAUUUCCGAUUUGGAUGUGGUUGAGGGUAUGACGUGGUCAAUAUCUUGAACUAACAACUAAAAGUUCCGUCUUAUUUUGAUUCAGCUUAAGUUUAUUACAAAGCAUCCAAUCGCCAAUAUCUUUAACACACAGCUCAACUGUCUCCUUCGCGUUGGAUGUAUGGUUAGGGCAAUUAGACGUAAACGAGAGAUAUUUCUGUGUAUCAUCUGCAUACAGAUGAAAUGGUAUGCGAUGCUUCCUGGGUAUAUCACCCAAUGGACUUGUGUAAAGUGAAUACAGUAAAGGACCUAACACGGAUCCUUGGGGUACUCUGUGUAGAGAGGAGAAGUCUGACGUCACGUAACCAUGGAUGCAAAAUUUCUAGUUCACAACAAUAGGGCGCUUAAGAAACGACGACGGCGACGGCAACGAGAACGGCAAAAAAAUCAAUAGGUUUAUAUCAGCAAAACAAAACUUUGCACGUGCAUCGCGCUUUCUUGUACAUUUCUCAGCCGUCAUUGCACGACUGCGGCAUGAAAUUUCACGUGCCUGCUGUAUGGAGUAGGUGAGCACAACUUAACAAUUUCUUUUCUUUUUUUGUUAACUUAGACAUGAUUCUUCCGGAUUUAACCCCAGAAAAUUUCGCCAACAUUUGACAAAUUAAAUGAAAUUGAAUAAGAUCGAUGAAGUUUGUAACAGUGUGGAUUCACUUUUUAGGGACGUUUUUGGUUUGUUGUCAUCCAGAAAUUUUGCUACCAUGGCAACGUGACGUAACGACUUCUCCUCUCGUGACUUUAGAUAGAAAAUGCAAAUUCGAUACUGGGCGAAAAUUUGAAAAGUUCUCGUGAUCAGCUCCGAUCUUUUUCAACAAUGGCUUAAUCACGCCAACUUUGACUCUAUCGGGUACUUGGCCACCUUGAAGCGACAAGUUAACUAUACGAGUUAUUAUUGGAACUAGCCGAUCCUGACCCCGUUGAAAUACAGACGAUGGAAUGGCAUCAAGUGCAAAGAACUUUGUGCACAGGGUGCUAACAUAUCCAGAGAUCACUUCUUCAUCAACCGGCCUCAAUUCACCAAGAAACUGACUGGCCAAACAGGACUCGGUUCUAGUACUAUAGGGUGUUACAGGGCUGUCUGUCAAGAUCAUUGCGAAUUCUGACAAUUUUGUUGGUAAAGAAAUGUACAAAUGAUUUAGACAAAUUGUCAGUGGCAGAUGGAUAACGUUGGGCGGGACUGGAGUUUAGAAGUUUCUCUGCCGUCUUGAAAAUAAUUCCUGUGUUUCCAGAGUUCUCCUGGAUCUUGAUGAACAAUAAUCGUGCUUAACUGAGGCUAUCGUGUUGUUAACAACACUGUUCUGGAAAAAAUAACGUUCUCUGUCUGCAUGUAAUUUUUAAGAUCGCCAUUUGCGCUCAAGCUUCCUCCUAAUAUUCUUUUGUACACUAAUGUCAUCAGAGUACCAGGGCACACAUAGACGGUGAACUACGAGACGCGUCUUUUUAGGAGCGUAGGCAUCAAGGGUAAAUUUCAAAACAGAAUGAUAUGAAUCAACCAAUGAAUCAAGAUUAGUACGAAAUUCAUCAACUAAGGGAGAGUUUCCAAGAGUAAUAUUAAGUUCUUCACAAUCAAUCGAACGCAGCUUCCUAUAGCGAAUAGUUUUCCUUUGAAAGAAGAGCUUUUGUCGGUGCCUCUUGGUACUCAACGCCACGGAUAAUAAUGCAAAGCACGUUUUUCUAUGUGUUUCAGGGUUUCGGAUAAAAAUGACGGAAUAUUUGCAACUAUUCUAACACGGAUCUAACUAGGAACCAGUACGCUCUUGCCACAUCGUUAACAGAGACUCCGCAUUUCCUUAAGGUCUUCAGAGAUUAUAGCCUCGGAUUGACUUUCUUUAUUACUUGAUCGCAGUGAGCAUUGCUGUCAAAUCGAUGGAUAAGAUAACUCUGAGUAGUUUAUAUUACUGCGACUUGACACACUUGACAGAAGCGCUUCCGGUGGAAAAAGGAUGCCAAAGGCAACUAUUGUAAUAAAGAACGUUAAUAGCCAUGGGCCUGCAUUUUACAGGAUAUUGACCCAUUUUUUUUUACUGAAAAGCAAAUGAUUGGUUGUCAUCAACGAUAAAAUUUAGGACAGAUACAAUAGACCAAUUGCGAUAUAUUAAAAUUCAUACUUGGCUGCGAGGCUUGAGGGAACAAAACUAAAGAAAUAGUCUUGAGGCUCAGCAAUGAAUAAUUCAUUUCAGUAUUACAACACUUAUUUUCUUUAAUUUGUUUUUAAUUUUUUUUUGUCUGAAAGGUUGUUUUUAUGGUGUCAGAUGUUUGGUUAUCGCUUUGGUAAGUUUUCGAAUAUCCGUGUCAGGUAUUUUUAUCUGUAGCUUAUUUUGUCGAUGAAUUAAAGUUGAACCUGCGUAACUGAAGACGUUUUCCGGGAAAAAAAAAGAAGUGUUUCACCGAAAUGGUUACUUUGCGUGCUUUUUGUUUUCUGAUAACUUUUGUGACCAGCACUGAAUAUCUUUUCAUCAAAACUGAUGUAGUGACCCUUACGCUGCUCCCAUCCUACCCGGCAUUCCAAAGGUGCUUUGCAUCAUUCAGCACAUCACAUAAAAGCGCUUUGAAGGCCGAGGAUUUUUAAACAUUAAUUAAAGUGUCCCCAUAGCUUGCUUUCAGACUUACGGUAAACAAAAUCCUACAGAGCAAACAUACCGUAAACAAGUCAGCAAGGUUAAUUUUCUUUUGACUGUAGUCAGUACUUUCUAUCAUCAUUUUUUUGGGUUUAAGGUGCAACGAGGAGGAGAAGUAUCUUCUGGCAACAUUGCGCAACAAUUCCUCUGGUGAAGUAGAUGAGCUGGACCGUAGUCUUUAUCUUGGCAUAUACUCAGUGUUUGUUUUUGGUCUUUUGUUCUUUACAUUGCUGCGAACGCAGCUUUUCUUCAAACUCACUAUUGUCGCCUCGAGAAACCUUCACAUGAAGAUGUUUUCUGCUCUCUUGAUGGCACCAUGUUAUUUUUUCGACACAAAUUCCAUAGGUAAGAGAUGAGUAAUUUGUGGCAUGUCACUAACUUCCUCAGUUCCCGGUGCUCUACUACUCAGCUUCAGAAGACUCGUGAGAGGGAAGGCCAUUAAACUGGGUUCAUGUGGCAAAUAUCCUGCAUACUCAUACUCGACAUUCCAAUCCUAGCGGCUAGGAUUGGAAGGGAAAAUAUGGGACAUGCGCAAUGAUUUAACUGUGAUUCUGAGUUGUUUUCAGAGGUUACUAGCUGUUUUGAUACAUUUCCAAGUUAAUCUUUUCAGAUUGAUAGAUCCAUUUUCAUUUCGACGUUACCUCGUAAUUAUGACCAAAUUUAAGAAGGAUGAAGAUGCAGGUGGUGUUGACGACGUUCCACUUAUUUAUAUGGAUUGCAUUCAAUUAUUUUACUUUCGCUGGCAGUUCGGGAUGAUGAGGCUUAAAUUACCAGCCCGAAUAUAAUAAAACAUGGUCGCGUCACUCAGUUUUUUCAUGUCAUAACGGGAAUGAUGUUAGGUAUUUUUCGCUGCUGUUUUCCGAAAGUAAGCUGCGGCCAAUUUUCUGACCAGAGAUAUAGAUAGCUUCAAUAAUAAUAAUUUAUUCAUCGGAUAACCACCAAAAGUGGCAGGGCAGCCCGGAUAGAAAGCCAUGGGGCUUAUCACUUUCAGGCUACCCAUUUACAAACAAAUUCAAAGUUAUUUAAGUAUAUGUAGAUGACAAGAAUAAGCUAUUAGGGUACGAUGACUGUGACAGACGGUUCCAUACCGCUGCUUCAAGACACAACCUGUGAUGGUUACGUUGUGGUUCAAAUUUUUUCUUUGGUUUGAAUUUUUUUAAACUAAAGGAUUUUACUUGCAGGUCGAAUUUUAAACAGAUUUUCCAAAGACUUGGGAUUCAUUGAUGAUAUGAUGCCAUUCACAUACUGCGACUUUCUACAGGUACGUAGGGGUAGAAGGGGUGGGAGGGUGGAGGGUUACAACAUUUUAACCCUCUUACCCUCUCUACCUUACUAAAUUGUUUUUUAAGUUGUUGCAUGCGUUGAAGGUUCUAUAAGUAUACAAAUUUUUUCUGGAAAAUUUGUUUUUUGAUAUUCUGGAGUUUAAGAUUUGCUUUUAUCAGCGUAGUUGAUAAGGUAGAUUGGCGAUGGUAGGGGCUAGCUCUCGAAACGAGACUUUCUUUAUCUCAGUCCCUACUGUGGCCAGUCUACCCUAUCAACAUAGUUAAUAAUUUCACUGCCAAGGUCUUAGGCCCGGUUCGGACGCCGAACUUUUCAUGAGCCGAACCUAGUUUGAAUUGAGGCCGACCCAAACUAUUUAGACCGGCCGAAUUGAUUCAGACGCCGAUCUUAAUUCCAGCCGAACUAAAUUCAAACGAAGAAAAAUGCUCAUUUUGGUCAAACUGCAUGCAAAAUACGUUAUUAUUAGUCUCGCUUGCGUAAGCAGCGAGACUCAUAAUCUGCAACGCGUUUUUCGUCGCAUUUUGUACACAAAUGGGAGGUCAUUGUGCCAGGCGUUCCUUGCGGAGACCGUGAGAACUGGGACUAAGAAUCUUUGCGUGAUCGAAGCCACGUAUGUUUUUGCAAAGAAAGCUUAGGAAAGAUUAAAUUAGGAGCUUUUCCAACACGUGUUGGUCCACGAAUUCUAUCGCUUGAAAGCGAUGAUUACUUUGGAACAAGUGAACACUACUGAUUGGUCGAAAAAAAUAAUCAUCUUAAAUAGCAAAACUGCGAUGGUCGGGUGUUGUAAACUUUCAUUGUAUGCAAAUGAAUCUUGUGAUAAGCAUGCGAUUUAUUUUCGGCGAUGAUUGAAAUUACGUGCCAUGUAAAUCACUCUUUUGAUCUUUGGCAAUGAUGUAAUUAAUUUCUCUGUAAUCGAGGCCCUUGAAUUUCGUGUAUUUAUACACGCGUAUAGCCUGCGACCUCAGACGUAUUACGUUCGUCGCUAACACGCGUACUAAAUCAGUUCAGAAACAAAUAAAAAGUAUCGACCUCGAUAAAGUAGGAAGUAAAAACCCUUCAGCGAGUAAAUCCUGUUUCGUGUAGAAUUAAUCGCCUCCUCAUUUCUCUAUCUAAUCUCCAAGCAAGCGAGACCGACGGCCGCUGUAAGAGCGCUCUUUUUAUUUAUGUAUUAGUUUCGGUACAUGAAUCAAAGCCGUUCCAAAGUCGUUCCACAGUCAAAAUUCCCGGCUGGGCUAGGCGUGAAGAACGGCUGAGCCGUUCCAAAUUGAAAUAGGCUUUUCUAAUUGAUUCAGAUGCCGAACUUUUCAUGUACUUAAUUCAAUGUAUUAGGAUCGGCUCAUGAAAAGAAUGGCGUCUCUAUCUCAGUCCCUACUGUGGCCAAUCUACCGUAUCAACACAGUUAAUAAAUUCUCUGCCAAGGUGUUAAUUUUCUCAAGUCUUGUAUUCUCCAUGUAUUUUGCUGUUUUCAGACCUUGUUUGUUGUUGUUGGGAUUUUGGCAUUGGUGGCGGGCAACAACCCCAUCACAUUUGUUGUUGUUGUCCCUGUUGUUUUUAUCUUCUGGAUCUUAAGAACUUAUUACAUGAAGACAUCACGAGAAGUUAAGAGAAUUGAGGGAAUAAGUAAGUGGUAAUUACCGAAUUGUUUCUGAUUAUUUUUCUUUAACCUGCAAAUACUUUAUAUUUUCUGUGGAAUUAUGAAUAAUGUUAAUCCUUAUUAAUUUGUGGGUCUUUCUUGGAAAAGGGGACUGGGGGAUCUCGAACCCGUGGCGACCGAGAUCAUUCGGCGUUAGGGUUUUAUGCCACUGAUCGCAUUAGGCCGGGGCCUUCUGAACUUGUUGGAAAUCAUAAGCAGGUGCGUUUAUAAGGGUAUAUAAAAUAAAGACUGUCGUGGUGGUGUUGGUGGUGGUGGUGGUUUACCUUUGCUAUUUGUAUUUCUUUUUAAUCACCCCUGGGUUUUGCAUUUUAUUUUACUUUGUAUGUGAACAAGUUGGUAGAAUAUUUAACCUCUUUUGGAAGAGGGUUUGCGCUUUUGUCACCUCUUGGUGAAAAUGCUACUUUUGUUAAUUGUUAAACCGUUUUCUUAUCAUGCACGAAGACAUGUCCGUAAACGUCUUUUCGUAACAUAAUUUUUCAGAAAAAAAUAGUUUUAAACCAGAAAAGCUAACGUAUUGUAUCAUGAAGUUGCUAUGCGAAAGGGCACAGUACAUACCUGCUAUUACCACGAUCGGCCGGUAUGUCAAAAAGUGGGGGAAAAGAAUUUUGUUUGACAUUGCUUAGCUUUCCCAACUCUAAUUAAUUGCAAACGGUAGGAAUAUUCAACGUUCACCACAUGCGGGUAUGAUUGUAUUGCAGGUCGCAGUCCUUUGUUUGGUCAUUUUUCUACUACCCUGUUAGGUCUUGACACUAUCCGUGCAUUUGGAGCGCAGGAAGUGUUUGUAGAUCAGAUGAAUGCUUAUCAAGAUGCACAUACCAGAGCCUGGUUCACAUUCAUCUCUACCACAGCCUGGCUUGCCUACAGGCUCGAUCUACUUUGUGUCGUCUUUAUCUGCUUUGUGGCUUUAGUUUCUCCUGCUUUAAAGUCAUGUAAGUUACUUUGUCGUGGAACAGUGGAGAUGUAAUCUUCUUCGUUGUAGUCGAAACAGGCCUUGUUUCUCAACUUUUAAAGUUGAAAUACAUCGAACAAUUUUAACAAAGUUAAAGUGGAUUUGGUCCCUUUCUCGUUGUUUAUUGGCUGAGUCACUGUGGCGACUCUCCUGAAAGCCUGGUGAAAUCUGAUCGUCCCGUUGCGUGUAGUCCUGAAUAAGACUGUUGUUGACGGUACUGUAACUGACCCUUAGAAAACCUUUGCGAAAUUCGUCACCAGCGUCGAACUGAGCCAAUGAUAAUAUCAUCAUCAUUCACUUUAUUUCUGCGUCAGUAGGUAAAUGGGGCAUUUGAUUCAGGUGUCGACUUUUAACUCCAUUAGCUGUCAAAACCUCCUCUAAAAGCAACUUGUGAUCAGCGUAGUUGGUGAAGUGGACUUAUUCAACUUAACGCAACCCAUGUCAAUUAAACGAUCAAAUAUAGUUAGCAGAGGAGACUGUAAGAGCCCGCAAAAUCAAACAUGAAAUCAACGGUGCUGCAGUUUAUAUGAGGAGCGUUCUAUUGCGUUUGCAUGAAUUGUUUGAAUAAAUUAGUGGUCGUUUCUAUUGGUCAGUUAAUUCAAAAUAAUAUCAAUUUUGUUGAACGAUGUGCACGGACAAAAACUAACAGUAAAGACAUAGAAAUACAAGUCUGACGGGGGCUUCAUAAUAUUUAUUAGUUCACGAACUAUGAAUCGAAAGUCAAGUACAUUCCUAGGCGAGGAUCUACAUAGCCCUUGUUCAAUUUCUCUGCUGAUGUUGACUUGUCGAAAACUGAACAACUCAUACAAAAGUAAUGACAUUAAACAAGUAAAGUUUGUCUCCAAGAAGCAAGAAGAAUACAAACCUUCUUCUUAGGCCAUUUUACCAAGCGUUGUUUAGACUUUUCUGUGUAUGAUGUUCGCGGAAAUCCCGUACGUGGGUUAUAAAUGAACUAUAAUAAUUAUUUUGACACGUCAAACGCGGCGUCUGAAUCAAAUGUCGAAGCUAAGUCAAAAUUUCGACUGUGUCAGUCGCAGAUUCUGCAAACGUCGCAUAUGAUUUUAAGCUAUCAAAUUUCGGCGUGUUUGAUUGACCGUAUUUCGGAAUAAGAGUAAGUGGAAGGAACUAAAGAAAUCAGUUGUAUUGGUAUUGAGCGCAUUGCAAUAUCUAGAAGUCUGUGUGAAAUAAAAUAUUCCGAUCGAUGUAAUGUUUAAUUGGCCCAAAAAUCACGGUAGAAGAGAUUUGAAAAAAAAAAAACAUUUGCGUAUUCUUAUUCUGGAAUACGAUUAAUCGAACGCACUCUUAUUGAUUCAGAUGUCGCAUUUCACAUGUAUUCAAUUCUCGGUCGCUCGGUUCAUGUGAAAUACGACGUUUGAAACGGGCUUGAGUACAAUUUGUUUAUUUAUUCAUUUGCGAUAUUUGCACAGACAGGUCCAGUUGAGCCCUAGCCGGUUUAAAAUGAAGGCCCGUAAAACUAAUGAAUCUGCCUCCACUUCAGUAAAUUAUACACUAAACAAAUGACAAAUAGAGAGUAUACAAGCGUACCGAACUUUCAGUCAAUCAAUCAAUUUUUUUUUUCAGCAUUUUUCAGUACGUAUGUAUUUAAUGCGGUAAAUCCCGUUUUUCCUGACCUCGUGGUAUUUACAGCCAAGAACUCGCAAUCAAAAAAGUGUAUUAUUUCAAUGUUAUCUCCUUUUGUAGUACAAAGAGAUGGCAAAGUUCUAUUCCUGACAAGACUCAAAUGUAUUUAACAGUCAUUCAAAAUUGUUGUAGUUCUCGGCUUAGAUCUAUCCUUUAUCCAAUUCAUUUGUAUUUAGUAGAAUAAAAAGAAGUGCGUUCUAGAAAAUGGUUCACCACACAAGGAAAACACUUACAUUUUAUUCCGCAUUGUUAUCUGCUUUUAGCCUUAAGUGCUGGUUUGGUUGGUCUUACAUUAAGCUAUGCAAUCAAGAUACCAGGCGUAUUCCAGCAGUGUGUCAAACAAAGUGCAGAAGUUGAAAACUUGGUGAGUAUUCCUCAGGAUAUUUAAGUGCGUAACAUUGUUUACUGUACAUUUUCAACUUAACAAGGUAUUCUUUUUUGAAUAUUUCACACAAUACUUAUGGUUGAGAGUAGAAUUAAACAGACUACAGAGAGCUUCAAUCCUGGAGAAGAUUUAGAACCCCUCCCCUGCCCCUCCCCCUCCCCCCAAAUCAUGGAUGAGACAACGCAUCGAUACAGUCGACUCCUGAUAACUCGAAUCUUCAAGGGAAAUCGAAAAAAGUUCGAGUUGUCGGGAGGUCGAAGAACAUAGCCGGGAGAAAGCAAAAAAACAGUUUUUAAUCACCCAUUUAAAUCGGGAGGUCGAAGAAAGGUUAUGUGACAAUUGAAAUAUCCGAAAAGAUACUUUAGAUUAUAAAUCAGAACGUAACGUAACAAAACAUUGCCUAAAUAGAGCAUACGAUUUACUGUUUUGAGAAGUAAAGCUGUUUCACGAUAGAUUUGUGACAAACAACAUCAGCCCCCGGGGGGGGGGGGCACUUGGGUAUUUUUUGGGUGGGUAUGUGCCGCCUGGGACUCCAAAUUGGCACCCCGCUCUAAAAAAAAUUUGCCCUAAAAUUGAUACCCCGUUCUAGAAUUCGCCCUAUAACUGAGCCCCGUUCUAGAAAUGUGCCAGUUUUUUAUACUCCGUUCUAGGGUGCAACAAGAGUAUAACAGUUUGCUUGUUAACGCAUUGAACCGUAUUUUUAAAAGCAAUCUGUCCUUCAAUAAUUUCAAAUAGCUGCUUACAAAACUGAAGCUUUCGUGCAUUCGAAAUAUUAUACCCCGUUCUAGAAAACGCCUCUGAAAUGGAUACCCCGUUCUAAUCCGGGAGCUUCAAAAUCACGACCCCGUUGGGCGGCACAUACCUGUAUAGGUAAUGUAUGGGAGUACCCCCGAUCAGCCUACACUGGUAAACAAUGCCUAGAACACGUCAAUGGGAAAUUCAAAAUUCAAUGUUUCAGACGCCAGGACACUGUUUUAUUCCGACUUUUUAAGGGCUCAAAACAUGGUUCGAGUUAUCGACGGUAAAAUUAUAUAUAAAUGACCUGAGGGGAAACAAAAAUUUCUUCGAGUUAGCGGGAGGUUCGAGUUAUCAAGGGUUCAAGUUACCGAGGGUAAAAUUACAGUAAAUGUAUGACGGAAAUCCAGGGGAAAUCGAUUUUGGUUCGAGUUAGGGCGAGGUUCGAGUUAGCGAGGGUUCGAGUUAUCGGGAGUCAACUGUAGAUGUUUUUUAUUUGGAGUCUUAUAUAAUAAAUAAUAUAUCAACUAUUUCCAAAUAACUUAAAUUACAAACAACAAAAAUUUCUAACCAUAUAUUUCUAAUAAGUCAUCAAUUAAUUAAGUCCUAGAGUAUUUUUAGAUUGUUGCUUGUGACGUUAUUUGAGUAGGAGGUCAUGGUUAGAAAAUGUUUUAGCCUUAAGUUACACCCCGUUUCAUUCAUUCAGUUAUUUUCUUCCACCCUUAGAUGACCUCUGUUGAGCGUGUAUUAGAAUAUUGUGAUCUGCAAUCAGAAGCACCAAACGAGACUGACACCAAGCCUCCUAAAUCUUGGCCAUCCAAGGGAAGAAUUGAAUUUGAUAACAUGAGCUUUAGGUAUCACAAGAGUUUACCACGAGUCCUUCACAGCAUCAAGUGUUCAAUUGAGCCUACGGAAAAGGUAGAUUACGAUAUCUUUGUGUGGACUGAGUCAGUGUAAUAGUGUUGACACGAGAGUCAUACAAAGACGACCAACUUUCAACCCACUUUUGCCCAUGAAUCUGAUUUGGACGCAAUAACGAAAAAAAACAUUAAACCAUUAACCCAUCUUCAUGAAAACAAAUAGAUUAUCUAAGUCAAGAGAGAAACUGUUGAUUGCGUUAGAAUCUUAUGAGGGCUUCUGACGAAGGAAACGCGGAUCUGUUUAACCUGGACCGCAAGGUCUCUACUUUGUUUGAUUCUGUAAAUAUGUUCCUCUUGAUGAGGUUAAAAAGCUUACACUGGAACAUAUUACAAUUUACAUGAGCAGCCUCUCGUGUUUAACAUUCAAAUAACAUAAGGUUUAACUUUUAAAAAAAUUUAAAAGAAAGUGCCUCAGUUGAAAGUGCUUCAGUUGAAUUUUGAAUUUUUGCUCUCUACGUCUCCCGCCUCUUUAACAUUAUUUUUCAGCACCUCCCUUCCGUCCAUGGCUAUGCUGACGACACCCAGAUUUACCUCUCCGACCUUGUUCUAUCCAUUCGGAAAUUAACGCUGUCUCUGUGAUGAAAAGUGCAUCGCUGAUGUUCUCUCUUGGUUUAUUGGAAAUCCUUUAAUGAUCAAUGACGCGAAAACUGACUUUCUAAUUAUUGGCACCCGUCAACAACUUGAAAAAACAUCUAUUGAAUCUAUUAUCAUUGGUGACACUGUCAUUAAACCUUUAGAAAGCGUCCGGAACCUUGGAUCCUGGUUCGAUGCUCAUAUGCGAAUGGAUGUUCACGUAGGCAAGAUUUGUAGCAAGGCUUUUCGCGGACUAUACAACAUAAGACAGAUCAGAAAGUUCCUUACCGUGCAAUCCACAAAGACAUUGAUCCAUGCCUUUGUAUCUUAGCACCUUGAUUACUAUAACGCACUUCUAUUUGGUCUACCUAAAUAUCGGCUUGAUCGUCUACAGAAAGUCCAGAAUGCCGCGGCACGAGUGACUUUUCAGAUUGCGAAAUUUGAUCAUAUCACACCCGCUCUUAUGGACUUACAUUGGCUUCCAGUGACGGUUAGAGUUCAGUUCAAAUUGUUCCUUUUUGUUUACAAGUCACUACACAACCAAAGUCCAUCCUACAUUAAAGAUCUUUUAUCCAUGAAACCAGCUGCUAAUUAUGCUCUUCGUUCGUCCGCACAAUCUCUUCUGUUCGUUCCAACAGUCAACUGCUCUACACUUGGGGAUCGGGCCUUUGCUCAUGCUGCACCUGUUUUAUGGAACUCGCUGCCAUUAACUACAAGAACAAGUAGCAGCCGCGCCAUUUUUAAAAAGCAACUUAAAACAUUUCUUUUUAAGAAAGCUUUUAAUUUGUUGGAGUAGUUCUAAUGUUUGAUUUUAAUUUGGUUUGGAAUUUUCGAAUUUCAUUUGUUUUUAGAUUUUACCAUAGCAUAACAUAUCAUUGUUAUUAUUAUAGCUUUCAGGGAUUUUUAAAUUGUUUAUUUAUAAUUUAUUCAUUAAUUUUAACUUAAUGUAAAGCGCUUUUGAAUAUUCUUCUAUAGUUUUAGCGCUAUACAAAUUCAUUAUCAUUAUCAUUAACUUUUAAAGAGCCACGUAUAUAAUUGUACUCUUUUUAAUUUCUGGUUGUAGAUUGGUGUAGUAGGUCGCACUGGUGCCGGCAAGUCGUCCUUACUCUCUACCUUGUUUCGCUUGGCUGAACCCACUGGUACAAUCAACAUCGAUGAUAUCGACAUACGGGAACUUGGGCUAAAAGAUCUGAGGAGUAAACUGUCCAUCAUCCCCCAGGUGAUACAAGAAUUAACAAAAUGACUUGAAAUCCGCGUAAUGUUACUAUCCCGUAAACAAACUUUCUCUUUUUUAAUAGCUUUUGUUAACCACUUUAUGGUGUAUUAUUUUCACGUCAAAGGAACCUGUCCUGUUCAGUGGCACCAUGAGAAGAAAUCUGGAUCCUUUCAAUCAACACAGCGACUUGGAACUAUGGAGUGUCCUUGACGAGGUUAAUGAAUUAAUCACCUGUAUAUUAAGCAUAAUGUUUCUACUUUAAAUUCUGGUGCCUCACCGUGUAUAGCCGGAAUAUCGCAAAAUUGUUUCACAUCUCUAUUGAACAAGCGAAGAGGAGCACGCUUGAAGGGAAAGCUGGUUUCGCUGCAUUCUCGGAUUGAACGUCAAUUCAGCAAUGCAACUCCGUGGCAACAGGAUUGUUGAAUUUGUGGAGUAUACUGAAACUGGAACUGAUGUCAUUCCAUGUCUUCAUUGAUGUUCGAAGUUAAUUUAAGUUAUUUUGCAGGCUUCAGACAUUUUCGGAAGUUGCCUUGAACUCGAAUUUAAACUGAUUUAACUUAAAUUCAGCUUUCGCACUUGUUAUAAACACUUGAGGGGUUCUUGAGGGGUAGACAAUUUUGGUGAACGAUCUAUAGAUGCCAAAAAUGAGCAAAGAAAUGCGUAAUUUCUCAGAGCUUUUGAAAUUGUGAAAAUGUGUACUUUAUAAGAAUGAGAAUAAUGGUGAUGAUAAUAAUAAUAACAAUAAUUCAUUCUUUCGUGUUUGAGUGUCUCGACUCUUUGAACGUAGAGGAUUUUUAACAGUUUUUUGUUGUGGUAACUCUAGGUGCAACUGAAGCAAGCUGUUGAUAGCAUGCAAGGAAAGAUGGACACCGUGUUAGCUGAGGCAGGCUCCAACUUUAGCGUGGGUCAGCGGCAGCUUGUCUGCUUAGCUCGUGCCAUUUUAAAGCAUAAUAAAAUUCUUGUGAUCGAUGAAGCCACAGCAAACGUGGACCCGAGGUUUGUAAAAGUCCUUUUUUGCGCGAAAACAAAACAUAUACACAACAUUAAACAACCUCGUUGCCAGUGUUUUCUCUUACCCGUAGGGAGAGAGAGACAGGGAGACAGCAGGGAGAUGGGUCUCUCAGGUCUCUCGACGGGUAGGAGAGAGAACCUGGGAACGAGGUGUAACAUUAAAACCUGGUAAUAACCAAGUUAGACACGAUUUCAACAAUCUUGCAACAAUUCUUACUUGUACGUGGACUACUUGCUUUGAUAAUACCGGCUGCCAGAAUAGGAAAGACUGGUUCUAAGUUUUAGCGUAUUGAAUUAAAAUAAAUACAGCACACCCCCCUUCCCCCACCCUCUUUACGUGGUAACCUGUCGGGUUUUUUGUUGUGUUUUUACUUUAGGACAGAUAUGCUAAUCCAGGCCACCAUUCGUGAGAAGUUCAAGAAUUGCACUGUAUUGACGAUAGCUCACCGUCUUCACACCAUCAUGGAUUCAGACAGAGUCAUGGUACUCAUUUUAUUCAGAUCUUUUCCUGCUUUCUUUACUCAUGUUUACUUGCGCGUGCUCAUCUUACAUAACACAUUUUUAAAAAACUAAACUUGUUAAUGUAAUCUUUAUAGCAAAAUCGACAGUAGUAUACUCCUUGAAGUUAGUACUUUAGAUUUAAAGUACAUGUAAACUUAACAGACGUACGUAUCAGACCGUCCAAUUUACGAGACUGUCAAUGCAAACUUAGUACGUACAGUAUCAAAUUAAACCCAACAUUCGCAACUGUCUUAUUAUUCCGCCUUCCCGGCAUCCUUGGUUUAAGUAGAAGGACCGUUACAUUGCAGGGUUCAUUUUGCAGUAGAGUAACAAGAAAAAAAAAUAGCUUGUUAAAGCCGCUUUUUCUCUCGUAACAAUCAACGACACAUGGCACGAAAAGCGAGGAAGAUUGAUCUAGCUCUGUCCAAUUGUGUUACAUCCUCGGAGACCCAGGGGCGGUCAGUUGGGCCGCGAGAAAAGGCGCGACGAAAGAUUUCAAGUAUGGGCGGAAGAGCCCCUGUGUACUGACUCUCACCGGACCAUUUCCAAACGGUCAAGCGAAUGCUGGCUCCUGAUUGGGCACAAAAAAUGCUUUGUAUUAUUGUGCCCAGUCGGCGAACAGCAUCUCCUGUGUUCUUUUCGUGAGUUCGUACACAACGGCUAUUGACUCGAUCACGGCUUAUCUGGCUCAUGCACCAAAGAAAUGCACGCAGUCAGGAAACUUUCAGCUUGAUAUAAACUGUCCAUUUCAAACUACUGUCUACCCGAAACCUAAAGACGCUUUUCCAAAAAUACAGUCUUGAGCUUACAACAGGUAUUUACGCUUUCAUCGAUCACGCCUUCGUAAAUAUUAGGGAGUUUUAAAAGACGCCACGAUAGCUGAAAGCCACGAAAAACGUCGCAUAAAAAGUGAAUUCACUAUUUUUAGUCUCUAUCGUGGUUAUUCCAACUCGCUUACUUUGUCAAAUGCAAGCGAACUCUUCUGGAGCUGAAUUUCUAUCAACCAUAUCCAAGUUCAUAAAGAGAAAGAAAAUUUUGACAUAGCUUGUUUACGUUCUUCACAAAACGUGAAAUUAGGCAUUUUCACGUGGUAGUCGUGCAGUGACGGCAAACAAAUGUACAAAGUUUUUGUUUUGCCUUGUUAAGCUAUUGCUUUUUUCUCACUUCUCGUCGCUGCUGCAUCUUAAACUUCCUGUUAUUUACGAUACAUUGUGAUCCGUCAGACACAGAAUUUUCUCAGUGCAAAUUGAAUUGCUCCUGCUGAUAGAAUCCGGAACGUUUUUCAAGUCAUCGGUAGUUCCUUCGUUUCUGGAUAGGAAAGCUUGGUGAACGAACCGGGCAACUGUGGCGAGAUAAUAGCCGUCGUGUACGAACUCACGAAAAGAACUCAAAAGAAACUGUUUGCCGAUUGGGCACAAUAAUACAAAGCAAUGUAACCGGUGAGAGUCGGUACCCAGGGGCUCUUCCGCCCAUGACAGCACUGACAGCAAAUAACGUUGAAGCAACUACGAAUUUGAACAGCUCUGAUGAGAUGACGUGAAUAUCGCACACUUUUGUAAAUCAAGGCUACAAAGAUUUUGAACUAUUAUUAGGAAUACCCUCUAAAAUUCGCUGAAACAACUCGUCUACUCCUAGUCCUUUGAACAUUCAUUUCUGUUUUCCUGAAGAAAUUUUUACUGCAAAUUGCUUUCGGAGUGACAAAGGAUUUCAUUUCCUUUGUUUAUUCUUCUUACCAGCGUACUACAACUACGUUAUUUGUUAUUGUCAUUAUCUUGCAGGUGUUAGAAGCAGGAAGACUGAAGGAAUUUGACGCUCCUUAUUCCCUCCUUAAAAAUCCAGCCACGAUCUUUGCGCAGCUAGUUGCACAGACAGGACCAGUGGAAUCAAGAAGGUUACUUGAAAUAGCUCGUAACAAGUAUUAUGCAGAUAAAACCAUUCCAGAGGCCGAAGAUGAUUUACCUGAUGCAGAAUCAAAGAGGGAGUCUGUGGAUGGUUCCCAGUCUUCCGCUGCUUUGAAUAUUAUUGUACCUGAUGAUCAGUCCCCCGCCGGCGCUUUUCAGUUCGAAUCAACUGUUUAGCUGCUGCUGAGUCUAAAUCAAACCUCAUAGCUCUACUCUAGUAUCUUUAGUAAUCGCACUUGGUUAUCAAUUUCGUAAGAAUUCCUUAGAAAAACGAGUGCGAGGAAACAAACAAACAAAAAACGUGCAUGGACUGAUAGCCUGGAAUGUUUUUAUGUAGAAUGAAUACAACCUGCAGUAAAUCGAAACAAAAAAAUUCCCUAUCUUCCAGUACUAUGCCAACUCUUAUGCAGAGAAAUUGUAAUCCGCAAUUUAUUGUAUGAUUAUUUGAUUCCAUGGAUUGAUUUUUAAGGUAUCUCGAUAAAGUUUUUGGGAGAUCAUUAAAGUGAUUUUAUCCCUGUCAGUUUUAGUAAAAUCGAUAUCACUAUGACAAAUUAAAAUAAACAAAAGACUUUGAAAUCGA